AUGUUCGAGAAGAUACGUUACGAACUCAAUGGCGUAGAGAUCGAUCGAAAUCGCAACGUUAGAAUAACCAGUACGAUUAAGAAUUACGUUUCGUUGACGUCGCGCGAGCUCGAUAUAUUGCAGAACGCCGGGUGGGGUGAGCCAAACGUUUCCGACAGCGGUUCCUUCAGCCUGUGCGUCCCCUUGAAAAUAUUAUUGGGCUUUUGCGAGGACUACAAACGCGUAGUGGUGAACGCGCGACACGAACUUAUCUUGAUACGCGCGCGCACCGAUACCAAUUGCAUCGUGGCGCAAGAGAGUGCUAAAAGUCCGAAAAUCGUUCUUUCGAGGGUGCAAUGGCGAAUGCCGCACAUUGUUUUGAACGACGUGAACAAAUUGUCGCUUCUGCGAACGCUUGAGAGCGGACGGUUUUUAAGCGUCGGAUUUCGCUCGUGGGAUCUGUACAAAUUUCCAUUGCUGCAGAGCACGACCAAGCACUCGUGGGCCGUAAAAACUGCGGCGCAACUAGAGAAACCGCGAUACGUUAUCUUUGCUCUACAGACAGGACGACGAAACGUGUUGACACGCGAUUCCUCGACCUUCGAUCAUUGCAAGCUCACCAAACUGUAUUUGAAUUCGGACUUUUAUCCUUAUGACGACAUGAAUCUUGAUAUCGAGAACAAUAAAUUUGCUAUACUAUACGACAUGUAUGCAAAAUUUCAAAAAUCGUACUAUGGUCGAAAACUCGACGAUGCGUAUCUAAACGUAAAAUCAUUUCUAACAUCCGGCCCAUUUGUGGUGAUCGAUUGCUCUCGUCAGAACGAGGCGGUGAAAAGCGCCACCGUAGACGUUCGCGUAGAGUUCGAGUGUAAGGAAAACUUUCCGGCCGACACCACAGCGUAUUGCCUCAUUAUUCAUGAUCGAAUCAUCGAGUACAGUCCCCUGACGAAUGUGGUGCGAAAACUUGUAUAA